CGCAGAAUUGCCAGAGUAGAGUGGAGAAGUCUGCCGGCGUGCAUCGGCAAAACACUUCCUCAUCAACCUGACCCUCAAGUUGCAAUCAUGCGUUGUGACCUCCCUUCUCUGUCUCUAUCUCUACCCCUUCUUCAUGGCCACAUUCGUCCAAUUUACUAAGAAACCUGGUUUAAGAUACUCUCAGCAAUGGCAUCAGCUGUCCUCAUAGGUUGUACCGGACUAGUGGGAUCUCACAUCCUCCGAAACCUCAUCGCCAGCGAGGCCAUCGCCUCAAUAAACACCUUUUCUCGCCGCAGCCCUCCGGAGGCAUCCUCGUCGAACAAAGUCCACGCCUUCGUCUCCCCAGACCCAGCCCAGUGGGUUGCCCAGAUCACGCGGCCUUCCGCGCAGCAACGACCCACGAUCCUCUUCUCCGCGUUCGGCACGACCCGCGCCGCUGUCGGCGGCAGUCUCGAGGCCCAGUCGCGCAUAGACCACGGCCUACAGCUCGAGCUGGCACAGGCCACCCGACAAGCGGGCUGUCGGGUGUGUGUCCUGGUCUCUUCGUCCACGGCCAACGAGAAUUCAUGGAUCCCAUAUGCCCGCAUGAAGGGUCGCAUUGAAGCCGACCUAAAAGCGUUGCAGUUUGAGAGGACCGUUAUUCUUCGUCCAGGGAUCAUAUUAGGGAAUCGUGUGGAGAGUCGUCCCGAGGAAUGGAUCGCACAGUCCGUGGUGCAGGGGAUCGGGAAGGUGGCGCCUUCUUGGAGGGAUACGCUUGGUCAGGAUGCUGGUGUUAUUGCUGAGGCUGCUGUGAAUUGUGGACUGAGAGGCUUGGAGGAGAUCUCGGGUAAGGGGGAUGACGGUUCUGGCGUGUGGCUUGUGGAGCGGGGUGAUAUCGUGAAGUAUGCGAGAACGGGCACGGACUUAUCGUCUUUUGGGGCGUGAUAAAAGGGUUAUGUGGAGUCUGCAGACCAGUAUAGUGGUCGCGCAAUCGGCAUGCUCGGUGUUGGUAGCCACUCUGUUGUGAGUUGUAGUGGAUUACUCGGAAGCUGCCUAUAUCGUACAGACCGGGAAUAUUGGUUGAUCUAGCCAGUGGUUAACAUGCCUGUCG